AUGUCUGAGAACCAACUAAGUGAGCUGCGCGCGGACAUAAAGGUAAGUUGACUACCGUAAUAACACUAUCUAUAGUCAAGACAAAUUUACAACUGUUAAUUAAAAUUGGUUCAGGGACUAUGUUGUGUUGGAAUUGAGCCAUGAUCUGACCGAAGACAAGUCUGUAAUCCCUGGUCAGCCAAAAGUAUGUGGACACCUGCUUUUCGAACAUCUCAUUUGCUGCUAUAACAGCCUCCACUCUUCUGGGAAGGCUUUCCACUAGAUAUUGGAACAUUGCUGCGGGGUCUUGCUUCUAUUCAGCCACAAGCAUUAGUGAGGUCGGGCACUGAUGUUGGGCGAUUAGGCCUGGCUCGCAGUCAGCAUUCCAAUUCUUCCCAAAGGUGUUCAAUGGGGUUGAGGUCAAAUCAAAUUGUAUUUGCUUACUUACAAGCCCUUAACCAACAAUGCAGUUUUAAGAAAAAUAAGUGUUAAUUAAAAAAUGGAUAAGUAGAAAAAAAAUUUAAAAAAAUAAUAAUAAUAAUAAUUGAGGUCAGGGCUCUGUGCAGGCCAGUCAAGUUCUUCCACACCGAUCUCGACAAAUCAUUUCUGUAUGGACCUCAUUUGUGUACGGGGGCAUUGUAAUGCUGAAACGGGAAAGGGCCUUCCCCCAACUGUUGCCACAAAGUUGGAAGCACAGAAUCGUCUAGAAUGUCAUUGUAUGCUGUAGCAUUAAGAUUUCCCUUCAACUAAGGGACCUAACCAUGAAAAACAGCCCUAGACCAUUAUUCCUCCUCCACCAAACUUUACAGUUGGCACUAUGCAUUCGGUCAGGUAGUGUUCUCCUGGCAUCCACCAAACCCAGAUCGGACUGCCAGAUGGUUAAGCGUGUUUCAUCACUACAGAGAACGCGUUUCCACUUCUCCAGAGUCCAAUGGCAGCGAGCUUAACACCCCGCCAGCCGACGCUUGGCAUUUCCCAUGGUGAUCUUAGGUUUGUGUGCAGCUGCUCGGCCAUGGAAACCCAUUUCAUGAAGCUCCUGACGAACAGCUAUUGUGCUGACGUUGCUUCCUGGGGUAGUUUGGAACUCUGUAGUGUGUGUUGCAACCAAGGACAGACAAUGUUUUUUACGCACUUCAGCACUCGGCAGUCACGUUCUGUGAGCUUGUGUGGCCUAACACUUUGCGGCUGAGCCGUUGUUGCUCCUAGAUGUUUCCACUUCAUAAUAACAGCACUUACAGUUGACCAGGGCAGCUCUAGCAGGGCAGAAAUUUGAUGAACUGACUUGUUGGAAAGGUGGAUCCUAUGACAGUGCCACGUUGAAAGUCACUGAGCUCUUCAGUAAGGCCAUUCUACUGCCAAUGUUUGUCUAUGGAGAGUGCAUGGCUGUGUGCUCUAUUUUAUACACCUGUCAGCAAUGGGUGUGGCUGAAAUGGCCGAAUCCACAAAUUUGAAGGGGUGUCCACAUACUGUAUGUCUCGUCUCCUCUUUUUGCAGCACUUUGUGAGUGAACGUAAAUAUGAUGAAGACCUGGGAAAAGCCGUGAAGUUCACUUUCGAACUAGAACCACUGAAGACAAGCAUCACAGGAUUUGGAUCAGGUACAUUCCUUUUUUCUUCUCUUUGAUGUCUUUCCUCUUACUGACCAAUGCUUCCAACUUGAUAGUAACGCCCACAGAAUUAAAUAGAACACAUAUUUGUAUAAUAAUAAUACUAUGUAUCUCUAUGGUAACUCCUGCCCUUGUGACGCCCUCUCCUUUCAGUGUACCACCCUCAGACAGGCUACUCCAGCCGCUCCCGCUGUAGCUCCACCUCCUCCUCCAUCACAGGCCCAGGGUACCUAGAAGCCCCACCUCCCUCUCAGCACCAGGGCUCCAGCUUCGAAGGACGCCCUACCCAGCCGAACAAAACGGUCAGCUCACAAAGCAAUCAUAAACAUGCAACUAAAGGAGUUGCUGAAUGUUUUCAGUCAUGUUUCCUUAGGAGUAAAAAUGAUAAGCAUAAUAUGAUUGCUUUGUGAUUUAAGUGUGAUUUUUAAUCUGCACCUUUCAGACUUUCCAAGGCAACAGGCGGUAUACGGCGGGCCCGGGAUACUACUCCGGUGGGCAGCGGUAUAAUGGCGGCUCAUAUCGCGACAGGAACCCCAAUCGUGGAGGCUACCGUUCCCAGGGUUACCAGGGCAACCAAGGCCAAGGUGAUGGCCCCAGCCAUCCUACAAUUACUGCCACACAAUCCUCCAACUCCACAAGAGGCCCUUCCAACUCCACUCCAUCCUCUUCUUACCGUCAAGACCACCCUUCUCAUAACGGUCUGCCCCAAAGGCCUCCGCGGACACACUGCCCCUGA